AUGUACAGAAAUUCAAACACAUUACCGAUUUCACGGCCUCUGUCAACGAGGCUAGCGUCGCCCGGGCAUGCCCGAACUGGGUCCAAUGUCCCAACACCAGCGUUACUGGAGACGAGGUAUUCACAAGAAGUUACGGAGAAGCUACCGAUUGUGCAGCAUCUUACAGAAUUUGAACAGAAACUCUCAGAGCUUGUCUCUUCUGUGCAACGCUACGACCCGAAGCCCACGCUUGCUGUCGACCUUCUAUCCAUCGACCAGGAGUUGGCCAACGACAUCCGCAAGUUGCAGCAUCAUCAAAAACAGGGCCAAGAGAUCCGUGUGUUAUCCACCGAACUCAGCGAAAUUGAUGCUGAUGCCAAGAAUAUCUUGCGUGAGCUUGUGUCGUGUCGAAACACGUUGCGCAACUUACCCAAUAUUGAAGAAGAUGAGUUCGGCAUCAAGAACAACAGGCCAGACGUGGCAGCAGAAGAGUUGUUAGAAUACGCGCGAAAGUUGUCCAAAUUUAGUACGGCGCCUGCGACUUUUGCGCCGGGAACCGUGGGACCAGCCGAUUAUAUUUGGCCAGCCGAGAAUAUGUUGCGGCGCGGCAUGCUCGCGAUUGCUUCGCUCAAGAUAGAGGAGCUCAUCAAAACCGAAGACGAGUCUGCCAAGGAAGAAGUGGCAGAGGUAAAGCCGCAGGAGGAAGUCAAGGCUUCGGUCAGAAGAGACUCCUUUAGUGCAGACAGGAGGUACGAUGGAGACCACGCUGGCACCAUGGAAGCAGCUGCGAUUGACGAUUUAGAUUUGUUCGAUCCAGAUGAGGAUGAUUUUUAA